AUGGGUCGCAAGGCCGAGGUGCAGCGCAUGCUGCUCGAGAAGCUCAUGGGGCCAGAAGCAAUGGGUGCACCUACGGCGAAUCUCCAUUUCACUGAUGUCAAGGUGUGCCGCAACUUUCUCUGUGGCACCUGCCCUCAUGACUUGUUUGCCAAUACUAAAGUGGAUCUAGGCCCAUGCCCCAAAUCGCAUACACCAAAGUACAAGGAGGAAUACCUCAAAGCGCUUGCCGCGGGCGAACGCUUCCCCGAAUUCGAACGCGAACACGAGCACAACAUCUUCUCGUUCGUCUCGGAUAUCGACCGCAAGAUUGCAGCCAACAAGCGCCGCCUCGAACAAACACCCGAAGAGCUGGCACGCUUUGCCAGCAUGAACCGCGAGAUUUCCGAAAUCGAGACGGCGCUGGCUGCGGUCAUGGCCGAAGUGGAAGCACUGGGAGAGCAAGGGCAGAUCGAAGAGUCGCUUGCUGAGCUGGCCAAAGCUGACGCGCUCAAGGAGGAAAAGGCGCAGAAGGAGAAGGAGCUGCACAACGCACAGGAAAACUCGGGAGCGAGUGGGCACCAAAAGUUGCGCGUCUGCGAUGUGUGCGGCGCCUACCUAUCCAUCUUGGACUCGGAUCGAAGGUUGGCGGACCACUUCGGAGGCAAGAUGCACUUGGGCUAUUUGCGGCUGAGGGAAAUGAUUGGCGAGUUUGAAGAGAGGAGACGCAACCCCAACCCGCCACCCAUGGGAAUGCCGGCAGGAUCAGCAGGAGGUGGACAGCACAGCAAUGGAGGCGCUGCGAAUGGUCGCCCAACCUCAGCGACAGCAGCAGCGGUAGCGUCACAGGGGACAGCAGGGACCGCUAAUGGAUCCAGUCUCAACGCGACACUGUCAAAUAGGGAUCGCGAACGCGAGCGCGAUUUCGAGCGAGAGAGGGAACGUCGUGACAGAGAGCGCAAGCAAACACGCGAACAGCGAGCGGAGGCCGCAGACACGGACUCGGACGCCAAGCGUGGUGGGGAAGAGGGCGAGGUGAAAGAAGAGGAAGGCGAGAUGCUAUCGGACUACAAGCCCAAUCCAAGACCGCCCAUCCACGUAAAGGAGGAGGAUCGCAAACGCAGUCGAUCUCCAGCGCAGAGCUAA